AUGCACGCGAUGCGGCACCCGGCCUUGGCUCAUCCCCGACACGCCGUAUUCGGCACUCCUCUGCCUCCCAUCUGGCCCUCUGAACCGUCGCUCGCGCACCUCGAAGCCAUUGCACGCGAGCACCUCGAUAUUCCCGCGGAUAACCCAUGCACUAUCGAUCGCUUUGCGGACGGCGCAUUCAACAAGCUCUACACCAUCGCCUCCGACACUCUCACCAAACAGUAUCUCAUCCGUGUCGCGCUGCCUGUGGAGCCGCGCUUGAAGACGCUCAGCGAGGUCGCCACGAUCGAAUUGGUCCGGACGCAUGCAACGGAGCUUGUACCGCGAAUAUCCGCAUACAGCGCUGAUGCAGCGGUCAGCGGACUUGGAUACGAAUGGAUGCUUAUGGAGAAUAUGCAUGGUGGACCGCUGGAGGAUUGUUGGGAAGGAAUGGAGUGGGAGGCUAAGGUCGCACUCAUGAAGACGCUCGUCGGCGUCCUCGGAAAGCUCUACGGCCAUCCCUUAGAAGGCAUCGGGAACAUAUAUCCGACGCCACACUCUUCAACAAUAUCUGCUACGGCCACCAUCGGCCCUAUCGUCUCCACAAUGUUCUUUUGGGACGACCACUACGAGCUGGACGUUCCACGCGGCCCUUUUCGCUGUAGUCACGAUUGGCUUCGCGCCCUCCUCCAGUUCACCCUCAACAACUGCGCGAAAACGCUCGCACAACGGGCUGCCGAAGAUGAUCCGGAUCCGGACGACGAGGAUGAGCGCGAAGAAGCUCUACUGACACAAGCGCUCGUGAAACGGCUUGUCCGGCUUUUACCGCGCAUAUUCCCACUACCCGGCGCCGACAGCGUCGAGCCUACCGCCUUGCGCCAUGACGACCUCACAUGUCACAACCUGCUCGCAGACGGAGCUGGGCAGUUGACUGGGAUCGUCGACUGGGAAUGCGUGUCAGCCCUUCCUCUCUGGUGCGUAUGCACCCUGCCUCAGUUCUUGCGAGGCCGUACGCGCACGGAGCAGCCGUACGAGGCGACGUACAUGAGGGACGAGGACGGGCGGAUCACGGAACUCUACGCGGAGCAUGUGCUCGAGUGGGAGCGUACGCAGUUUCGUGCUGUGUUGCUCGAGGAGAUGGAACACGUCCAGCCCGAAUGGGUGCGCAUGUACAAGGACCCAGCGAACGCGCUGAAGAGGGACUUCUACGAGGCGGUGAUAUCUUGCGAGAUUGAGCUCUACAGGAGGAGAGUGGGGGAAUGGGUCGGUCAGGUCGAGCGAAUGUCCGACGAAGAGAUACGUACUCCUAGCGGGAUGUACAAGUCGUUGGAGGAUGAACUCGUAUUAUGA